AUUCUCCACCAUGAACAGAAGGCCAAACAUCAAGUGGUGAGCUAAGUGACCGGUAUGCUUUGUCUCAUGACACGACACCAAUUUUAAGAGUUGUAUAAAAAUAGGACGAAGCUACUCCUUGGCGAGGACAAACACUCUUGGUUGGUUUGCAGAGUGGACGGUGGACUGACAAUGGAUUCGGCGGCGCGACCGAGUAUGGUAUUCACGGAGAAGAAGGAAAAAGAAACGCAAAAUGGAUCAGAGCACUCGAUAGAAUCGGCCCUUAUUCAAGCUUCAAGUAAAGGUUACACGAUCGAUAUGAUUCUUGGAACUCACGAUCGAAGACCAAAACCCAAACAGGAGGACGCAUUCGAACAAGAAGGCAAGCUGUCAAGAAAUUCUAGCGACGAUGAAGAUGAUCUGAGUGUGGGCGACGAAAAAGGAUUCAAGGAUGAGGACGACCUUGACGAAAAUGAUGGCAAGCCGAGGAAAAUGCGUCGAAGUCGCACCACCUUUACGACCUACCAACUUCACCAACUGGAGCGCGCUUUUGAGAAAACACAAUAUCCAGACGUUUUCACAAGGGAAGAGUUAGCCUUGAGGCUGGACUUAAGCGAGGCACGAGUACAAGUAUGGUUUCAAAACAGAAGAGCUAAGUGGAGAAAACGUGAAAAGUCCAUGGGACGCGAAAGCCCCACAUACCUUUACGGGCCCUCGAAUGACUACCGGGCCCUUCAAGAUGUUCCACAUGUGCACCCUGGCGUACAUCCCUUCACUCCAGGAGUGGAUAGAUGGCACCCGCACGUCCCAGCCCUGAGCCUUUUGUCUCCUUUCGCCACUGCACCAAGUCCAUAUGGUCCUCUAGGAGCUCAUCUUAACGUUCCCGCACUCUCACCAGCGGCGAUGUAUACGCAUCAUUUGUACAGACAGUACGUUAGACCGGGAAUGUCACCAUUUCUAAAGAACCCAUCGGAAACUCAAGAAUUUCGAAGAACAAGCAUAGAAAAUCUGAGAUACAAAGCAAAGCAACACAGUACCGCACAAUCAUUAGCUGAAAGAAACAAGACUGUUUAACUUAUAAUCCGUCAAUUUACAUGCAAUACAGAGCCAUUUUUAACUAUUCCGUGCGCUGACGAUUAUUAUAAAUGAAAUGAAACGAGGUGCUUUUUGUUACUUUGUUGUAAGGAAUCCAAUUAGGUUUCAGCGCUUAGCUCGAGCCAUGCUGUGAUAAAUGCAUGGGUUAAGACUUGUGUAUUAGCCUUUCAAGAAAUCGAGUUCCAAAAGAACUUAAUUAAGAUGUCAUUUGAUAGGGCUCUUUAGGAGGACCAAUUCAACGACUCUGGCUUGUUUAUUACAAGAAGUCCAGCCAAGUAGAAAUAAACCACCAGUCUGCGUAAAAAAUUGACUCGUAAAGAAAUUACUUUGGGGCUAAAAAAAAAAUUGAUCAACAACAUCGCUAAUUAUUUUUUUUACACAUCGACUUAUAUAAUUGGUUAUUGGCCUCUAAGGUCAUAAAAUCAGCAAGACAUUCGUAUAGAAAGCAUAAUUACAACUCGAAAAUCCAGUUCACCAUCUUCAAAUGUUGUACAUAGUAUUCAGAACACCUCAGCAAUCAACGACUAUCUAUCGUUUUGACGUUAAUGUAACUUAUUACUAGAAUCUGUGCUUUUUGUAAAACGAGGAAUUGAAAAUAUAUUUAAAUAGUGAAAUAUGUUUCUUAUUUGACUUAUUUAUAAACGCUGACAUGCUUGGUGCGUCUAAGACCUCGAUUUUGUCGGUAGAUUGGUUGGUCUAGUUAAACAGGUGCAUAGCCAUAGAUGUAUUUUUUCUAAUCUAAGAUUUCACGAAGCCACAUUUCUUCUUCACUUUUCGCUGUGUCACCUUGGACUACAUUUAUUUUAGGAAAAGCGGUUUCCGAACAAUUUCAAGGCUUUGUCGUUUCCUUGCAAUUAGAGUCUGUCUGCUGUCUGAUUUGGGUAUUAAUGAUAUGGUUAAACAUUUAAUUAACAGGCAGAAUAUAAAGUAUGUGAAUUAAUUAAGAAGUGGUAAAUAAAGUUAGAUUCAAUGACUUUGCCAAAUAAGCGUCAAAGGUUGUUGUUUGUUGAGGUCUAGAUGAGAUAACUUCGUCUUAUGCAGAGGUCAUAAAGCUCAAGAGCAAACUGAAAAAUUGCAGUAGUAGGGAACAAAAUAAACUUGUAUUGAGAGAGUCUCA